AUGGCCAGCGGGGGCCGAGCGGAUGUCGUGUUCCUCCCGUUUCUGCCGCAAGACAACGAAGAUGACGGGUUCGGAAGCACGGUGGCGGUCGUGGAGACCAUAUCGAGCAGCCUGGGGGCCCUUCUGCGGCUCAACGGCGUCGAUUUCUGGGACAGGAUCGCCAAGCAGGGCGCCUCCCUCGCGGUCUGCCUCGACACCUACCUGCAGCAUCGCAGAAGGGUACAUGACGCGCAGGCAGCGACCGCACACCACCAGGUCACGCACGAGGCCGCGGACGAGCUGGCGCGGCGCGUUUUCCUGGUGUUGUCCCGCCUGGCAGGGGCCCUCCCAGAACCGGCCUCCACGGCGUCCGCGGUGCGCUCCGACGGCGCAGGCCCGAGCACCGCGGCCGCGCCGCGCAGCCUGCCGCCCCCGGACGUCCGCGCGGACGCGCUGCGCCGCGCGCGCCUCCUGACCCCGGCCCAGUUGGUGGACGUUGCCGCGAUAUAUGGAUUUGAUAAUUACGACGCCACCGGAGCGCUCCUGCGCUCCGCCGCGGCGCUGCUCCCGGACGUCCUCGCCGGCAUCGCGGCGCUCGCCCCGGGCCUCGCCGCGAACUUCACGGAGGUCGCCGAGCGCCUCGCCACGGCAGCAACGCGCCUGGGGGCCCCGGGGGUGGCGGCGCCGCAGCUGGCAGAGCUCAUGUCAGGGCUCGAGGACGGCCUGGCCUACCUCACCGACGCCCUGCUGUCCCUGAUGGCGCUCUGCCGGCACCUCCCGCACGCGUGCGCGGCCGUCGCGGGCGGAGAGAGCUGUGCGACUCUCGCCGCGGUGGCCUCCCUGCACGACGACACGCUGCCGACGAUCGCCGCGGCGACGAGCGACGCGGUGGGCGCUGGCGUGGGCGCCGAGGCGCGGGGCCCCCUGCGCCGGCGCGUCGCGGCGGUCGCCGUCGCCGCGCAGGAGCUGACGUGGGCGAUCUUGCACUCCGGGUUCCUGACGCAGCUUCCAACACUCCCCCCCCCGCCGGGGGCGUCCGAGCCGCCCGCGCACGCGAAGCCGCUCACGCCGGCGGCCCGUGGCGAGGCGCUCCUGUCCGCGCUGAUGGCGGCGUCGUCCGGGGCGGACGGCGGCCGCGGCGGGGCGGCGCAGCACAGCGGUGCGCGCGCGAAAGGUUUGCUGCACGUCGUGAGCAUGCGGCACGAGAUCGAGGCGCGGACGGCCGCGGCGGCGCAGGAGGGCGUGCUGCAGCUGGACGACUCGCAGUUCGACUACCUGUUGAUGCUGUGCGGGUCGACGUCCGGUGUGCGCGAGACGCUGUCGGCGAUGAGGAUCUCCGAGCAAGUGACGGCGGGCGCGGGCCCGAGCGGUGGCGACGACGAGACGAUCUUGCGCUCGCAGGUGUCGUCCGUGCGAGACAUCCUCCCGGACGUCGGCGAGGGCUUCGUGGCGGCGUGUCUGACCACGGGCGGGCUGAGUCAGGAGGCGACGCUGAACGCCCUGCUGGAGGGGUCGCUCCCAGCGAGCGUCGCAGACUUGGAUCGUACGAUGACGUGGGAGACGUUCGCGUCGUCGCGGAGGUCCGCGGGGCAGCCGAAGGGCGGCGGGCCGGCGGGUGCGCAGGGGGGGAUGUCCUGGGUGGGUCUGUACGAGGACUCUCUGGCGGCGGCGCGGGCGGCGGACGCGGUGGAGGAGGCGCGAAGGCAGGAGGAGCAGCGGCGGCUGGCGAGCGCAGGCAAGGCGGUGCGCGUGGAUCGGAAGACGGCGAAGCUAUUUGAGCGGGGGCGCAAUGACGACCGGUUGCGGAGAGCGGUGCUGCUGCGCGCGGAGGAGGACGAGGGCGAGGGCGGCGGGAUGUUCGCGGUCGCGGGGGAGAGGGAGUACGACGACGACUUCGACGACGCGGCGGACAUCAGGGACGUGGCAGCGCCCGGGGGGGACUUGAACGAAGACGAGGUAGAAGGCGGGCCGGCGUCUGCCGGGGGGCGGGGCGCAGGGGGCAUCGUGGGGGCGUCCGGAGGCGGGAAGGGCAAGCACGGCAAGAAGCUGUACGUCCUCAACGGGCGCAUAUACAACUACCGAAAGGAGGGCGCUGAGCCCGUGGGGUCGCAGGCAGAGGCGGAGGCGUUGCUGCGGCAGCAGGCGGAGGAUGCGAUGAAGAUACACGGCCUCGGGCCCGGUGGCUCGAGGGCGCCGCCGCCUGAGGCGGCUGAAGGCAAGGACGGCGGGCGCGGCGGCGGGCGCGGCGGCCGCGGGGGUCGCGGUGGGCGCGGAGGUGCGGGCCGCGGGCGGGGGCACAAGACGCAGACGCAGCUGCAGCACCGGCGGAAGGACGAAAACAAGGCCGCGAUCGGGAACCACCAUCGCAAGGACAGGGCGGUCAAGAAGGCGUCGAAGGGGAUGUUCUGA